CCUGUCAGUCAACGUUGAGGGUUGAAAAUAAUUUGUUUCUGUUUCGUGUGCACUCAGUUAGGUUUGACUAUUUUUUAAUUAUUAUUUUUCACUUUAAUUUUCAGUCUCCCUUCCACCAGGGACAUUUUCAGGGGGACAGGACAUACCUGUGACUUCCAGCAAUGUCAGAUAGCUCGGUUAUCCAAUUAACGUUGCCGCAGUUGGACGGGGGCUCGAGGAGGAUUCGUUUUAUUUACCUGCUGGGUCUGACGUCGUUCAGACUGACAGAGUGCACCGAAGAGGGUUCAACGAUUCCUCUCUAUUUGGGAGCCGAUCUCCUCUCAAAUACUGAUGUCCGUACGGAGAACCAUCCCAGAUACCACGCCAAGUUCGCCAAGAAAGGCCUUGCGACAAAAAUAACUUUUUCCUCAGCUUUCAGGUUUCACGGGUUGAAGGUACCUUCUGCAAAUAACAGCCUGUGGUUCUACAGCAUUCAGGGACUGUUUCGAGUCGCCUUUGAGAUGUACAGCAAGCAAGAGCAGCUUGCGGUGCUGGAGAACUUCCAGGACGUCUGGAAAGCACAGAUCAGUGACAGCCCUCUGCAAGUGAGUUACAACCUCAGCAUGCAGCUGGACUCUUCAGGGUCUCUCAGCCAGUGUGACACACAACCAAGGGAUCCAAUUUCACAAACUCCUUAUUGCCAGACUGACAAGGAGCUGGUACAUGUUAGUUGCAUGGACACAGCUGAUACAUCAGCAGAUCAUGAUUAUUGUUUUUUCCCCAAGCAGAGCUUACAAUCUGAGCAAAGACAACCAGUUAUAGCUACAGUGAGACAAAAAUUGCACAGCUUGGAUGAACAGUUCUCGUCCAUAACUCAGAGCUGCUCAGAGCAGCUGGAGACCAUCUUGCUGCUCCUGGAGAACAUUGAUCGUUACAUAAAUGGGAAUCUUGAAGAAAAGGAUGCGACAGAGACUGUGCUGGCCCUGCUAAAGGCGAAAGACUGGGGCCCGGUGUAUUCAAGCUGCUUGCUUACUUGUGUAGGACAGUGGCUUGGCCAGCAGUUUCAUGCAGCCAACAGCAGCAUCAGCCAGAAAGUGGAGGGCUUUAAAUUUCAGCAUAUUGAGCGUAUCAGUGACUUGCCACCUGCUGAGGAACUAGCCACAGAGCUCUUCCCUGAAGCCAUGCAGACACUGCUGCUUCACUGGAUGGGCUUAAGUGAGGAAUCCAACAUUGAAAAGAGACACAGCGAAUACCCAAUCCUGCUCCUCAUCCUCGAGUUUGCCAACCACAACCUCAUCACUGGUGUGGCUCAUGUGUUGUACUCCAGUCUUAUAUGCAAGUAAAAGUGGAUUUUCACGAGUA